CCGAGGGGCGGGGACAUGACCUUAUUUGGGGUUUAUGACCUUAUAUGGAGCGCUGCCAGGGGGGCAGCAGGAGGAGGCAGCCUGCUGGUGACACUUUCCCCCAAAUUGUAGCUUUGGCUCUCGGAGACGGGACAGACAGUCUUCACGGGGUGAAGCGAAACACUCAACGACUGUUGUGCGCGUGAAGCGUCGCUUGGACGAUCACGGAGGAUAUUUUGGCUGCGUAAAUACUCCAAAAGCUGACUGGGGCGCGCAACAACAACAGGAACAAGGAUUGCCUCGAGACUGCGCUUCAUAGGUUUCCACCACGAGCCUGCUCGGACUUAAUAAAUCGUUACUGAACAACGUGAAAUGCGGUCAGUUUUGACUCGCGCGUGUCUUUCGGGAGGCAGAAUUUAUCUUGCGUGAAGCCAAACGCAGCUUUGGCGCGGUGGAUAAACUGGAGCGACCGGCUGAGAAUCGAAACGUUGUUGUCUCUUCCACUCCUUUUUUUCUAAAUCCAAACGCAAGUUAGAUAUCGUUUUAUUUUGACAGCUGACUUAUUGGACUGACUUUUUCCAACCACUCUGAGGAACAACGUGUUUAUGGAUUGCUGCGCAGCGAGUAACACCGGGAGUUGUAGGCUGCGCUCGUGUGCAUCGAUCAUGUUGAUACCUCGCUGUUGCAGUAAACUUUGAUAGAUGUUUACAGAAGGAACUCAGUGAUUUAGAUACAUUUCAGAAAAAAUAAGCUCAUUUAAACUCAGAUUGACCUCGGGAGGAAGUGGGAAGCGCCUUUUUUCUGCCCUCCCUAGUUUUCCCCCCCAAGACGUCAGGACGGAUCUGUAUCACUUCUUCUUCUGUGAUUUAAACAAAGACCAAAGUGUUUGGGGAUAGCAUGGCAAUGGUAGUAAACCAGUGGCCAGAGAACAUUUCUGCUGAUCCGGGCUCGCAGCUCCAGAUAUGCGGCCAGGAGCCUGGCGGGGCACCGGGAACCCCCAACGGUUCCACCCCGGGGAACGACGCACUUUCCGGGGACAAGAUCCCCAACGUGGACUGCAUGGUGUGCGGGGACAAGUCCAGUGGGAAGCAUUAUGGCCAGUUCACCUGCGAGGGAUGCAAAAGCUUCUUUAAGCGCUCGGUGAGGCGGAACCUGUCGUACACCUGCCGGGGGAACCGAGACUGUCCCAUCGACCAGCACCACCGGAACCAGUGUCAGUACUGCCGGCUGAAGAAGUGCCUCAAAGUCGGCAUGAGAAGAGAGGGUAAGGGCAUAGCUGUGCAACGAGGACGUACAUCGAAUUCCCAGAGCAGCCCGGGACAGUACCUGACCAACGGCACCGACCCGUACAAUGGCCAGCCCUACCUAUCCGGCUUCAUUUCUCUGCUGCUGCGCGCCGAGCCCUACCCCACAUCUCGCUACGGGGCCCAGUGCAUGCAGGGAAACAACCUGAUGGGCAUCGAGAACAUCUGCGAGCUGGCGGCGAGGCUGCUCUUCAGUGCUGUUGAGUGGGCCAAGAACAUCCCUUUCUUCCCUGAUCUGCAGCUCAUGGAUCAGGUGGCUCUGUUGCGCAUGUCAUGGAGCGAGCUCUUCGUCCUCAACGCCGCCCAGUGCUCCAUGCCACUCCAUGUGGCUCCUCUGCUGGCAGCGGCGGGCCUGCACGCGUCGCCCAUGUCAGCAGAGCGCGUGGUGGCCUUCAUGGACCACAUCCGCGUCUUCCAGGAGCAGGUGGAGAAGCUGAAGGCGCUGCAGGUCGACACGGCUGAAUAUUCCUGCCUCAAGUCCAUCGUGCUCUUCACGUCUGAUGCUAUGGGGCUGUCAGACGUUGCCCAUGUGGAGAGCAUCCAGGAGAAGUCCCAGUGCGCCCUGGAGGAAUAUGUAAGGAACCAGUACCCCAGCCAGCCCAACCGCUUUGGACGUCUGCUCCUCCGCCUGCCCUCGCUGCGCAUCGUCUCCUCUCCGGUCAUCGAGCAGCUGUUUUUCGUCCGCCUGGUAGGCAAGACGCCCAUCGAGACACUGCUCCGCGACAUGCUGCUCUCAGGCUCCAGCUACAACUGGCCAUACAUGCCCACCGUGCAGCGCGACCGGCCCAUCUCCCUCCACUACAACGAGAACGGUCCCUGAGGUGGAGAGACAGACGAAGGAGAAACUGAAGAGAAAUUCAGGCUGAACGUCCAUCCGAUUACUCCAUCCAUCCAUCCUUCCUUCCUCCCCGUCAUUUUCAGCUUUCCCACAGGAAGAGCUCCCUCACCAUUCCGCUCAAAAAACCCAGACUGACGAUAUAAUCCGAGACCGUCCCGGUUACAUAAGCCAGCCGAUCAUUCAAACAAGGUCACUGGAGGCCCGUCGCAGUCCCUCAGCCGAUGGUGCAGUCUAAAUGUAAGACGUGGCACGAGUUGGACAAGUUGGUAGAACAGGUUAUUGCGCAGUUCACCAGCAGGUCUGUUGGACUCACUUCAGAUGUCAGUCUCAAACCCCCCCCCCCCCCCCCCCCAUGAAAACAGGGGCAGCAAAACAUUUGGUGCUACGCCGACAUUCACAGAGGCUGAGUACAAGCAUCUCAGUAAUACUGAGCAAGGGCUUUGCCACUGGGACUCUACAACCAAGAGCACAAGGCCCGUUGUAUAUUUACCAAUUUUUUGAAAAGAAAGCCAGAAGCCAUUAAAAAAAAAAGACAAAUGCCAAAAUGUCUUGGACUUUUGCAGAGGACAUGUUUUAAUGUGUGUUUGUAUUAGCACUGUUUAUAUGGAGAGAAAAACUCAUGAUUGUGUCCAUAUGUACAGUAUAUCAUUGAUUCAUAGGCAUCUAUAGCAUAUUAGUGGGAAAAAGCUCAGGUUCAAAGGGUUGGGAGACAAACAGAUAAACAUGCCAAUAUCAGUGCAAGACAAAAGACAAACCCAGUCAAAAUUUAUAUAUCAGCAGCCGGUGCCAAAGCUGAAAAAUGCAAAUUGUUUGGAUAUUUUUGUGGUCGUGUUGGUGGUGAAAAUUUAAUGUUUGGUUUGUCUAUAAUUUGACUAUGUUUUUGGGUCUCAGGGGGAGAGGAGUUUGUAAAAAAAAAAUACAAAUAAAAGCUUAGGCACUUGCAUUGUAAACUAGUCAGCUCCUACACUUAUUCACUCCUGUAAAAUCACAGCACUGGUAGAUUCUUUCAACUCUUAUGCCAAUUGAUCGAUUUACAUUUUUACUUAUUCAAAACGCCCGUUAUAACAUGUCGUUAUCACAGGAGUGACACAUCCUUAUUAUUGUUUUAUUGUCAUAAUUGUCAGUAUUGGACCUUUUGGACUAGGGAGUGGGGGAGCAUUUUACAAAACUAGCUGUACUUGCCUUAGAACAAAGAUUUUGUCACUGAGCAUUUAUCUUAUGACUGUGCCAUAAUCUCUCGUUACCUGUUAUAACAGGUAUUAUGUCCUGUCAGGAGUGGAAGUGAACUCACGUGAUGUAAAAAUGAUAAAUGUGCGGGUAAAAUUGUGGAAAAUGAUGUAAAAUACAGAGAUUUAACCCUGUGAAACCUGGAAAAAUUGGUUUGAUGUAUUUUAAAAAAGUGGGGAGAAGGCAACCUAAAAAGAAAUGGACCGCACAUUUGGCAAGAAAUUAGUCAAAAGUACAAGGAAAUUGCCUAAAAAUGAGCGCAAAGACAAGUAAACAAAAAAAAGA